AUGCUUAUCCUGCUGUGGAGCGCUGUUGCUCUGUCCAAUUCCAUAGCAGCAUCAGAGCCAAUUGAUGCAGCAGCUCGCGCGCUGAUCACGCCUGCACCUCGCCCUAUUGACAUCGCGAGGAGGGCGGCAAGCUCGUCUCUAGGGUCGGAGACGUGCGGUUUCAUUAGCGGAAACAUAAAUAAUCCUCUCAAAUGCUCAUCCGGCUACUCAUGUUCCUCAUUCUUCACACCAAGCUACCAAUUCGCCUGCUGCAAUGACGAUGGCUGCAUCGACAACUACUCGACGUGCCUUACUGGCUACGAGGCAGCAACUGCUUCGUGCUACUCCGACGAGUGUCUCCUAUGCACUGGAGGCAACCGGUUCUGCGGUGGAUAUCUGAAGUUCGCCUCGGGCAUAUACUCCUCCACCAGCUAUCUAUCUGCAUUCUGCACCGACAGAGAAGACCGCUUCAUCACCGUCAAGGCCUCACCCACCAACGCCCCCAAGUCCACUGUCCUCUGCGUCCCAGACGGCUUCGCCGCGCCUCACACCUCCGACAACUGCACCAAGCCCAUCAUCCUCCUCAUCCCGCUCAUCCUCUCCAACGUCAUCGUCUUCGCCUCCAGCAUCCUCAUGUCGCGCCUCUCCUUCCAGAACAAACUCAAGUUCGGCAAGACCAAGAAAUCCCCCCACGACCCCUGGACCCCCUGGGCUGGCCUCUCCACCGUCCUCCUCGUCGUCGUGCAAGCCAUCGCGACCGCCGCCCUCAUCCGCGCCGGCGGCUACCCCGCCUCCUGGACCUCCCUCAUCCUCCUCUGGCUGAUGCGUCCCCGCAUGCAAUGGGCCAUCCUCCUCUUCUACUCCUCCUUCGGCGCCUCCUACAAGCGCGCCGCCACGGACGCCCUCUUCGCCAACGGCCUCCUCAACCUCCUGUCCCUGCCCACCGCCGCAUGGCUCCUCCAAGCUCUCCUCAAGGAACCCUCCUGCACGGGCUUCUUCAACAACUCGACGACGGUAAACGGGUUCGGAAACGAAGACUACACGCAGCUCGUCUUCGUCGGCGUCGUCAUGUACUUCUCCUUCGCGGCCGUCGACCUCUUCGUCCUCGUCAGCUUCUUCUGGCCCGGACGGUUGAGACUCGGUAGGUGGUGGAGUAUCGGCGCGGGACUGUGGAGUAUGGCGAGCUUUGCUGUUGCGUGGACUUUCUGGGUUUGGUGGGUCUUCUUCUCCGAAGACGCGUUCUGCGUUACGAAUAUUGGGCCAAUCGCUGCGAUUCACGCGUUUGUGCCGUUUUUGAGCGGCGUUACGAGGGCGUAUCUGACGUGA